ACCUCAAAUAUGGCUGGGGAACCCUAGCACCCACGAGGAUGGCAAUGAAGAAUUGCGUACCAUAUCAGUUGGAGAAAAAGUUGGGGUGGGAAAGGGCAAGCCAGCUGGGUCGCGAUCACGAGGAAAUCGAAAACCAGGUGCCUAGGUAGGUAGGUAGGUUGGCUGGUUGGUAUGUAUGCUGCUUCAUCGCUUCCUCUUUACGAAUACAAAGAGGCAUGACUUCCGCAUGCUGCGGGUUGAGUUUCGCCCAGCCCUUCUCGCCCGGCUACCAGGAAUUGAAGUUCCUCGACCCAACUUAAGCCAGAGCUUAGUCUGACUUCUGCCAAGCCGACCAGGGGACGAUAGUACCGUUGCGGUUCUUUCACGAUGCCGACUCUGAAUCAAGCCCUCGUCUCUGUCCUCGCCCUCGCCGGUGCUGGGAAUGUCUUGGCGGAACCGUAUAACACUUUCGAUGGCGAUGGGUUUCCUGCUUGUAACGAUGUCGCGCUCAUCCACAAUGCUACCAGCGUCGAUGAUAUCGUGGAUUACGUGAAGAAUGCUGCCGCAAAUAAGACGCCUAUCAGGGCUUCGGGUAAAGGACACAUGUGGUAUGACACCAUGUGCUCAGAUAACCCGGCGACCGUCAUCGUCCGAACGGAGUUCGUAAACAAAAUCGAGAACUUCUCACUUCCCGCGGGUGCCGAGUCCGGGACAGUCGAUAUCGAAGCCGGCGUGACGUUUCUUCAGUUCGCAGAGUACCUGCACGCCAAUAACGCUUCCAUGGGAUAUACCCUCGUCAAUUGGAAUAUCACGAUGGCCGGUGCAGUGGCUAUGGGUGGUCAUCGUUCGGCUAUCCGAGAGGACUCAAUGGUGGCGGCUGGUGUACUGUCACUAGAUAUUGUCAAUGGAAACGGUGAUAUUGUGACAAUUUUAAAGGACGACAGUAACGACGACUGGUUAGCAGCUUCAACCUCUUUGGGCCUUCUAGGCGUUAUCGUUCGCAUGAAAUUCAAGAUUUAUCCAGAUUUCAAGGUGUUCGCGCAGCAAAAAACUUUGGAUGAAGAUGAUGUCCUGAACGGCGAUAUCUAUGGCAUGAUUGCUCCCUAUGCCACAGCCAACUUUUGGUGGUGGCCGUACAUGAAGAAGUUCCACUGGCGAUACUACGACGAAGUCCCCUCCACACUCAGCGAUCAGCAAGGAUUCCAAAAUACAUUCUCCCUAUCGGAUGCCGAGGCCAACAUCGCCAAAGCGGCGCUCGAAAGCGGGAAGUACCUCGCAACCUCGAACAUGUUCUUCGAAACCACCGCGUUCGCGCUAUGGUCCGCCCCCAACUUCCGCGAGAAGACGACGCAGCAAGCGGUCUUAUCUUGGCCUGUAUACGGCUGGAACUACGAUGUGCUAAUCGGAGGCCUGUACCCCGACCAGAAGCCCGAGUGGGAGCUAGGCCUGCACGGCGCCACCAUGGAACUCGCAUUCCCUAUCACGCAGGCCAACGCCAUGUUGAAACGCGUGCGCCAGGCGUUUGACGACGAGCUAAAAAAGGGCCUCGUUAUGACGAGUACCUACCGCAGCGGUAUCAAUAUCAAGUUCGGCAGGCCUUUCUACAAUUUCUUGGGCCAGGUCACGUAUAACACAUCCGAUGGCGCCGAUUGGUCUAAAGGAGCUAUUAUGUUUGAUUUCCCGACUUUUAAACCGACUGUUGGUGAUAAGAAGCGUUUCAACGAAGACUUCUAUCCGAGAUUAGCAAAAACUCUGAUUGACGAGUUCCCAUGCCGACCGCACUGGACCAAGAACACGCGCGAGGUAUUUACCAACGCCACCAAGAACCUCGACCCCAGUCAUCUAGCGAGAUUUAAGGCUGUCCGUGAGAAGUUCGAUCCCCAAGGCAUUUUCAAGAGCAUUGUUGGAGAAAUAUUGGGCAUGUAUGACUGAGUAUCGAAAUACUUAUGAUAGAAUUAGAGCUAUCCCCAUAUGUCAUUUUGGGGUCUUGCUAUACACUGUCUUUACAGUUGUCACGACAGGCCAACAUGUAUCUAGCCUAUGAUUUGGCAAUCCAGGGGCACGUUGCGAUUCUUUACUUCCAUGCUUCAGCAACUGCCAGCAACACUUAUUGAUUAUGUAGGUACUCGAUAGUUACAUGGGUAUUAGUCUUUUGAGGUCACUAGCCGACCUUGCGAGCACCGUGCUCACGAUACCUUCCAGGCAUACAAUCCUGCC